UUUAAGACAAACACAUCUUGAAGAGUGUACAACAACAGUCUACCAACAUUUUCAAAGAAACAUGGCUCUUGUGCCUGUUUUGCUACGUGAUUUGUUCGAUGGCUAUUUGGAUGAUGACCUACCCCGGUUUCGAAAUAGACGAUCCUUCAGGGGCGGUCUCCAUCCGGAAGAUGUCCUGCUCGCAUUAGAGGACGCGUUUCCGAAACGGUGCAGACGAAAGCGCAGCUGGCAUCAAUCGGAUUUGGACGACGAACUUCAGGACGGAACCGUUGCAAAGAAAUCGGCCAACGAGUUUAAAGUCAAUAUAAACGUCGAAGAUUUCGAACCGGAUGAGAUAUCGGUGAAGGCAACGGAUAAAUUUGUGACAGUGGAAGGAAAACACGAGGAAAAGGAUGACGAAAAUCGUUACGAGCUGAGACACUUUGUUCGGCGUUAUCAACUUCCAGAAGGACACGAUAGGGAUAAAAUUGCAUCGACGUUGUCGUCCGAUGGAGUCCUUACCAUCAGUGCGCCGAAAUUGGCUCUCCCGGAGCCGGAGAAAGAGCGACCCAUUCCAGUGGGAAAAGUCUCGAAACCAAAGAAACCAUCCGAAAAGAAAGCAAAGAGAUAAAUUAGAUAAUGUAUUAGUGUGGUAUCAUUUCUUAAGUCUUGGAUAAGUAGUUUAAUAAGUUUAGUUGAGUGUUCAUCUUUGAUUGUGCUGGCAUAAUUGAUUGUAAAUGAAAUACAGAACACAGCUUUAAAA